GCGAUGUUCGUCGAGGCCCGUCACGACUGCCAGUCACCAUUCUCACAGGCUAUCUCGGAGCUGGAAAGACCACGCUCUUGAACUACAUCCUCAAGGAGCAGAAUGACAAGAAGCUUGCCGUGAUUGAGAAUGAGAUUGGUGAAGUCAGCAUCGAUGACGCCUUGGUUGAGCAGAAGCACGUUGAAAUGGCAGAGGAGUUGGUCCUCUUGGACAAUGGAUGCAUUUGCUGCACUGUGCGAGGUGAUCUGAUUCAGAGCCUGCAAAGGAUAGGAGCAAGAGUAGCCAGCGGCGCUGUUCAGCUGGAUGGAGUACUUAUCGAGCUCACAGGUGCAGCUGAUCCUGCGCCCGUUGUCCAGACCUUCAUAGUGGAUCGACAGGUGCAACAGUGCUUCUUUGUAGAUAAUGUUGUGACAUUGGUCGAUGCCAAGCAUGCCAUUGACAAGCUUGAUGAGAGCAAGACUGACCCAGAGAAAGGCACAGCAUGUGCACAGAUUGCGUUCUCCAGCACCGUCCUUUUGAACAAGAUCGAUUUGGUUGAUGACGACCACUUGAACAAAGUGCAGGCAAGGAUCAAGGAGCUGAAUGCCGCGGCCGAGAUCAUUCGCUGCCAAAACGCGCAGGCACCCAUGGACAAGCUCUUCAACGUAGGGGCCUUCAACUUAGAGAGAGUCCUCGAAGAGCAGUACAUGGACGAAUCUGAGUUCCGCCAGUUCUACAAGCCCAAGAUGGACAGGUCUGUAUCAAACGUUGGUGUUCGGUGCGAAGGCCAGGUCAUGAUGUUCGCGUUCCAGCGAUUUUUGGACCAGUACUUGGGGAACGAGGAAAACGCGAAGGACUUCUUGCGAGUCAAGGCAGUUUUGAACAUCGCGGGUAGCAACGACAAGUUCGUCCUCCAGUGCGUGCACAUGCUCCGAAACCAGGGCUUCACGAAGCCAUGGGGGCCUGGGGAAAAGAGGGAGAAUCGCAUCAUCUUCAUCGGCCGAGGUAUGCAGCCCAGAAGACCAGAACUUACCGAAGGUUUCAAAGCAUGCCUGAUGACUAAGCCCUUGCGCUUCAAAGUUGGCCAAGCCAUCUACGCGAAGACAGGAGGUGGCCCGCAAGACUGGGAGAAGGGAGUCGUUCUCGCGCAGUGGGAUGAGUGCAAUGCGUAUCGCCUCCGCUUGCAGGGCGGUGAUGAAGUUCAUGCACCUAUGGACAUGGAUUGCUUUGUCACUAAGGCAUGA